AUGCUCUCCCUUCCUGUCCGCCGCGGGGCAGUCCGGCUCCCGGCUCGCUUAGGCAGACAUCACCUUCAUAACCCCUCUUCGCCUCCUCACGCAUACCUGCAACCGCUCAUAGCGUCUCUCCCUGCCAGCGAGACCUCAGAGGAACUCGAAAGCGUCAUGUCGCUCAUCAUGGACCGCAAAGAGACUCGAAAUGCCUUGAGCGGACGUAUGGUCGCUGAGCUCCGAGAGGGGAUAGCCAAAGUGUCUGCUGAUCGCUCUGCCCGCGUUCUACUCCUCCAUACGCCCCACCCCAAUGUCUUCUGCUCCGGCGCCGACCUCCGCGAACGACUCACCAUGUCCCCCUCCGCCGUCUCCUCCUUCCUCACCUCCCUCCGCUCCAUGCUGGCCGAACUCGAAGCCCUCUCCAUACCGACCAUCGCCGUCAUAGACGGUCCAGGGCUCGGCGGGGGGUGCGAACUGUCCCUGGGGUGUGAUCUGCGGAUUGGUGGAAGUGGGGCAAUUCUGGCGUUGCCAGAGGCUAAGCUGGGGAUCGUUCCGGGAGCGGGGGGGACGCAGAGGAUGGCGAAGCUUAUAGGAGGGGCACGGACGAAGGAGCUUGUGUACACUGGGAGAAGAAUAGGCGGGGAGGAAGCUGAGCGCAUGGGUAUUCUGAACUUCCUUGCCCGGUCCCCCGAGACGGCCUUCUCACAAGCCCUCCUCACCUGCCGGCAAAUCGUCACCUCCGCCCCGCUUUCUCUGGCAGUCGCCAAGAAAGCUAUCGAUGCUGCGCCAUAUCUCCCGCUGGAAGAAGGCUUGACGCUCGAAAGAGAGCUGUAUGAUUCGUUAUUGGGAACAGAAGAUCGGAUGGAGGGGUUAAAGGCGUUCAAGGACAAAAGGCGGGCGAAGUUUCUAGGUAGAUAA